CAUGGUAAAGCUGUGCACUAUUCUCUGUUUUCUAAUGCUACUAGCAUGUUUUACCCAGCCAAAACCCCAUGAUGGAUUUCCAUUACAUUCACUGGAGAUGAGAGAUCCAAACAUUGAUGCUAUGUGGUAUAAAGACAGAGGAAUACGACCCGUGGGGAGGUUUGGUAGAAGGACAUCACGAAGAAGUGAAGGAUCACAUUUUAGAAAGCACAGGUUGUGCUAUCCUGAGGUCCUGGCUAUGGACUGACUUAAACGCAUUGAAAACCUCAGACAGCAUGAA